AUGGCUUCUGUGACUGCGCUUCUCACUUUGGCCGGGCUGGCCGCCGGUGCCACCAUCACCACCACGGAGCCUCCGCUCGCUGCUAUCCAGAGGGCUCAGGCGACCACGGUGCCCCAGACCUGGACCUCAAAUGUCACGGGCAAGUCUUUCGAUCGUUUCUAUCAGAUCUGGCUGGAGAAUGUCGACUAUGUCAAUGCUGCGAAUGACACCAACCAGCAGUGGCUGGCUAGCAAGGGUAUCACUCUAGUCAACUACUACGGCGUUGGCCACACCUCGCAGCCCAACUACUGCGCUUCUGUCAGCGGUGACAACUAUGGAAUGGACAAUGACAACUUCCAUAACAUUCCUUCCAAUGUCUCAACCCUGGCGGACCUUCUCAACCCCAAGGGUAUCUCCUGGGCACACUACCAGGAGCACCUGCCCUACCCCGGUUUCCAAGGGUACAAUUACUCUAACCAGAGAACUGGCGCAAAUGACUACAUGCGCAAGCACGACCCAUUGGUCAUGUUUGACAAGAUCUCCAGCAAUGACACCGCUUUGCGCCUCAUCAAGAACUUUACUAACUUUGAGGAGGAUAUGAAGAACAAAGUGCUCCCUCAGUGGGCCUUUAUCACUCCUAACAUGACGAACGAUGCUCACGAUACCAACAUCACCUACGGAUCCAAGUGGCUGCGCAGCUUUGUUGAGCCUCUCAUGAACAACACCUACUUCUGGGACAACACUCUGCUGCUGUUGACCUUCGAUGAGACCGAGACCUACGGUGUCCCCGAAUCGGAGAUCUACAACGACCGCAACCGCGUCUUCAGCAUUCUGCUCGGUGGUGCUGUCCCUGAGCACCUCAUUGGAACCAAGGAUGAGACCGUCUACACUCACUACUCUACCCUGGCCACCGUUGAGGCGAACUGGGGCCUUCCUUCCCUGGGUCGCUGGGACUGCGGUGCCAAUAUUUUCAGCUUCGUUGCUGACAAGGUCGGCUACACGAACUGGGACGUGGACCCUACCCACCUCUACAUCAACCAGUCUCUGCCCGGUCCCUUGGAGCAGUGGGGCUACUCCAAGUACCGUGCCAACUGGCCCAUCCCUACCACCAACGACACUUGCUCUGCCGGUAACGGUAUCUUGCAGUCCGUCAUUGACGCCUACAAGGGCCAGAACCCAACCUACAACUACACUGCUCCCUUCCCGUACGAUGCUUCGUACGGCUUGGAUGUGAACAUUCCCUACAGCCGCAACGGCACUACCUACGUGUCUGGUGUCAAUACCACCGGUGUUGUAGGCUAUGAUACCAACACCACUACCUCCUCCUCCAGCUCGGCAUCCUCUUCCGCUGCCGUCAGCGCUGGCUCGGCCAUGACCAUGCCUGCUGCUGGCUCAGUGGCUGCUAUCUUUGCUGCUGUCGUGGCAUUCUUGUAA